AAGAGGAAAAGAAAAGGUAAAAUUAAGGAUUGUGAUGAAGUAAUCUGGCGAAAGAGACAGCGUUGUAUUUCCGGCGAAAAUAGGAAAUAAUAUUGAACGAUGUCGUCGCCGGACAUUGCUUCAAUCUUGGAAAACUCAAGGGAACUCGAUCGGUUAAGGAAAGACCAAGAAGAGGUGCUUGUUCAAAUCAACAAGCUUCACAAGAAGCUCCAAGCUACUCCCGAGGUAGUUGAGAAACCUGGUGAUUCUUCAUUAUCAAGGCUAAAAAGCUUAUAUGUUCAAGCGAGAGAUCUUUCGGAGAGAGAAGUAGCGAUUUCCAGCUCGUUACUAGGUCAACUUGACACUUUUCUGCCAUCUGGACCUCCGGGACAUCAACGAAGAAAAAUGGAUGGUACUGAUCAGAAAAGGAAAAGAAUGAAAUCUGAUUCAGAUAUCUCUCGCAUUUCUCCUUCUAUGCGGAGUCAUAUUGAGGCUUGUGUUAGUCUCAAAGAUGAACAGGUAGCUGCAAGGGUCACCUCAGAUGCUGAAAAGGACGAGUGGUUUGUUGUGAAAGUAAUAAAUUUUGAUGAGAAAACGAAAGAAUUUGAAGUACUCGAUGAGGAGCCAGGUGAUGACGAAGAUGGUGGUCUCCAAAGGAAGUACAAGCUGCCUGCAUCUUGCAUCAUACCGUUCCCCAAGCAGAACGAUCCCUCUAGUACUCAAGAAUUCCCUGCGGGGAGACAUGUUUUGGCCGUUUAUCCGGGAACAACUGCACUCUAUAAAGCAACUGUCAUCAGUACACCUCGAAAGAGGAAAUCCGACGAGUAUUUACUGGAAUUUGAUGACGAUGAAGAAGACGGAGCUUUGCCACAGAGGACGGUGCCGUUUCACAAAGUGGUUCCAUUGCCGGAAGGGCAUAGACAAUGAGAUGUGUGUAUAGAAAUAUGUAUAAUGAGUUGGCUUUUUAAACAUGUCAAUGGAUCUUGAUUUUAAUGUAUGGGAUUAGUAAUGAAAGAUUGACAACUUAUAUCCA